AUGUUGUCAUGGGAGACCGGGAGGUCUCUGCAGAAAGGUUCCUGGCAUCACUCCAGUGGCCCUGUAGCAUCAAGUGCAGCAAAAUGCUCGUACGGGGCCGAGGGCCAGCUCCACACCGUGAUAGAGAAGAGUCCGGAGAGCAGCCCCACCAUAAAGCCCCGGCAGGGCGGAGGCUUUCCCAGCCCCACCUCCUGUCCUGGCCCUACCUCUGGACAUGCAGGCCCCGGCCCCCAGCUCAUUGUGCCCACAGGGAUACAACAUGUCCCCCACCAUCAGCCCCUCAAUGCAAAGAUACCCAGUCCUAUCCAGGGGCCAGGCUCCUUGGGAGGCUACCCUGCCCCCACCCAGCAGCAGCAGGGCAUUGAGGGGAGAGAGGAAGGAACAACCGAGGGACGGGAGGAAAGAAGGAUAUCAGCUACAGAAAACGGAUACCAAAACAACCCUUCUUCUUUACUGUACUCCUAUCCCGUUUCUUCAACAGCUUCCUGCACUCAGCCCAGGCCUCGAGCACAACAGGCAGACAGGCCUCACCAGGAAGAGUCUUACUCUGAACUCUACAGACCCUACAUGAAAACAGCUAGAGAUCCAUCAGAGGAACACACAACCCGCCAUGGACCUCAUGGUCAAAGCUUCCAAGGGUCCCAAAUUCAAACAAGCAAGAGACCCCACAGCUUAGUGUUCCAGGAAGAGAACCAGGAUUUCAAUAUUCCCCACAUCCAAUCGGCCGCUGGACACAGGGCCCCAUCCUCAGAAGAAUGGAGGGACCCCUGCAUACCUGUCCAGUCGAGGCGAGACAGGAGAAGAUCAAUGGACCAGACCAGUACUCUUUCAGAGCCAGUGACAUCACCUAGGCUCGCACAGGGACAGGUUCUUCCUACCCACACACCUGCUCCCCUCUCCUGCCCCCCCCCUUUUCCCAGUCACCUCAGUGACUGGGACCACCGAGAGCAGGACAAAGACAGAGAACACCCACUGACCCGUCUGGAGAUUGCCCUUGCUGAGGUCCAGCGAGGCUCUAGCCCCAACAGUGUCAUCUCUGCAGGUAGCCAUGGCAACAGCAGCGUUGGCGAUGGCAGCCAGGGAGCUGUACGCAGCCUCUCUGUCCUGGAGAAGGUCAGUCGCUUUGAGCGUCGGGAACGCACCGGGAAGCAGCGCAGUCACAGCACCACCACCGCACAGGACAAAGCCUCACAUCUGAGGAUGACUGAGAAGGGUCGUAACUCCCCAUGUGGACCAGAUGACCUCAGAAAUAUGCUGGAGAGAAGCAACAGCAGGACUAAAGUCCACCGGACUAUGAGCUACAGAGGAGGCAGCUGUGAACACCCAAAAUACAGGACCCCAGCAGAUCCCAGUUCAGCCCUCCAGAGGAGCCGCAGCACCUUCCAGCUUGAAUCCAGAGAGGUCAACAGCAGUAAAGAAUUCCCCUGCACACAGGACAUCCAGGACAUACUGGGCCCCAUGGGGGACACGUCCUUCAACAGGUCAGUCUUACACAGAUCAUAUUCCUUUUUACAA